GUUUUUCGAAGCAGUCACACCAUACCCAAAAAACCUUCGUGGAAAGAUUCUUCUAACACGAACAACCACCAAAAAUGGCACCCAAGUCUAAAAAGGUCGCACCCUCACCUUUUGCUCAGCCUAAGGCUGCAAAGACCACCAAGAACCCUUUGUUUGUGAGUCGUCCUCGUUCCUUUGGCAUUGGACAAGACAUCCAGCCUAAACGUGACUUGAGCCGUUUUGUGAAGUGGCCUGAGUACAUCCGCCUUCAACGUCGCCGUAAGAUUUUGGGCUUGCGUUUGAAGGUUCCUCCCACUCUCGCUCAGUUCCAAAAGACCUUGGACAAGAACACCGCUACCCAGGUCUUCAAGUUGCUUAACAAGUACCGCCCUGAAACUGCUGGCGAGAAGAAGCAACGUUUGCUUACUGAAGCUGAGGCUGUCGCCAACGGAAAGUCUGCUCAUGACGUUUCCAAGAAGCCUUACAACGUCAAGUAUGGUUUGAACCACGUUGUUGGUCUCAUCGAAAACAAGAAGGCCAAGUUGGUUCUCAUCGCUAGCGAUGUCGACCCUAUUGAGCUUGUCGUCUUCUUGCCCGCUUUGUGCAAGAAGAUGGGCAUCCCCUACGCCAUUGUCAAGAACAAGGCCCGUCUCGGUACUGUUGUUCACCAAAAGACUGCUGCUGUCUUGGCUGUCACUGAUGUCCGUGAGGAAGACAAGAACGAGCUCGCCUCUGUUGUCUCUGCCGUCGAAGUCAACUUCAACGCUAAGUAUGACGAACUUCGCCGUAAAUGGGGUGGUGGUAUUUUGGGUGGCAAGACCCAAGCUAAGCUUUCUAAGCGUGCCAAGGCUGCUGCUGCCACUGUUCGUCUUUAAGUUCGUGCUUACGGAUACUAAAUGCAAAACUUUGAGUUCUUUUGGGAGUAUUUAAAUGUCUUCUGUGAGUAGUAGCUACGAGUUGUCUGGUAAUGUAGCAAUUCUUAAUUAUUAAAAGCAUUGAAUGUAGUUAUUUUGUUGAACGUAAAUGUAUCUUAAGUUGAAGUAGUGAUGUUUUUUGAUGGUUAGGAAGAGUAGUGUAUUGCUGCAAAAAUUUUUCAAUACCUGG